AUGGCGCCAAUUCGUCGAUAUUUGCGAGUCAGCAAAUACUCUGUGCUUGAGUGUCGAAUCUAUCUCGAGGAUCCCUCAGACUCACGAUGGCUGCUUGACAGUCGUGACCCUAUCCUGCCACGCAUCUUUGCCUCCAUUCGGCCCUUGGUCCUCCCAAAACUGCGAGAGGAGAACGAAAGGCUACUUGCGCGGAAGAAAGGAAAGCCCGUCAAGGAUGUGAUAGCGGAAGAUGACUUUGAAGUCGCGUUAUUUCUCCGAGAAUCGCGCACCCGCCAUUCACUUUUGACACGGCAGAAGAACUUUCAAGAAUCUGAGAAGAAGAAGCGCACGCGCAUAGGAUCGAACUCCGACAACGGCAAACAACCCGCUGGCGGAAUCUUAGUUGAAAGCGACAGUGAGUCGGAAAUCAACAUAACUGCCCUACCACAGGCAGGUCAUGAGGAGGAAGACAGCAUAUCUGAGGGUCGGCCCCCUAAACGGAGAAGAGACGAGACCUUGCAAGGGGAGGCCGAGGUUGAUGACAAGAAAUUGCGAUUCAGCACGAACUAUGAAGGAUUCAACAUCUAUGGCUGGAUACUGUGCUUACUCGUUACUCGGAAAGGAGAUAAGGGAAGAGCCAAGGCAGCGGCUUCUGAACCAAAACGUCAAGUGUUGAUGGAGGAAUGGAUUUCCACCCAGGCCCAUGGCGACCUUGACGAGGACUAG